AACACCAAAUCCACACUCUCUCUCUCUCUCUCUCUCUCUCUUUCUAGCCUUCAACCCUGCAUUCCCGAAGCUCAGCACCACCACCAAUGGCUUCCACCUCCGCCGUCUCGAUGGCCACGCCGCUGACUCGCGGCAGCCCCCCGAAGCUGCCGAGCUCCGACGCCUUCGUCAAGCCGUUGCCCGUGGUGGUCAGGCCGUCGCGGGCGGUCGGGGCCUCGGCCAAGUUCCAGGUGCGCGCGUCGCUGAAGGAGAAGGCUAUCGCCGGCGCCACGGCGGCCGCCCUGACGGCGUCCAUGUUGGUGCCGGAGGCGGCGGAGGCGGCUGUCUCGCCAUCGCUCAAGAACUUCCUGCUCAGCAUCGUCGCCGGGGGAGUCGUGCUCGGGGCAAUCAUCGGCGCGGUGGUCGGGGUCAGCAAUUUCGAUCCAGUCAAGAGAACCUGAUCGAAAGUCGUCGGAGACUUCCGAGUAUGCAGUCUUUCUUUUCAUAAGUAUAUAUGCUAGUACCAUGUCUGCAACAAAUUUACCAUCUUUGUAUGGCCUGCGUUAUAUGACUUAUGUGAUGUGCUUCAAUUUGUGGCGCAGUGGAAAUAGAUAUCGCGAAUCAUUCGAGCUUGA